CGAGAAUUUGCAGAUGUCAUAGAAAAAUCGAGAACAGCAAUUGAUGAUGCUGAUCUUCAAUGUCUGAUGAGCUUGAAGAAAAAAUAUGCACAAGUAUUUACGAAAUCUGUAUGUACAAUUUUCAAACAGUUUUCCCUUCAAUCAACCAUUUAAAUAAACUCGCUUUUAAGGUUGAAUGUCAACAUGUAGUGUUAUUUCGCUUGUGAUUUAAUGUAUAGAAUUUUUCACUGGAAAAAUGUACUUGGGCAAUUGUGAGCAGAAGGUUUGAAGUAUUAGAGUUUAAUUGUUGUUGAAUUUUGUAUUAACUUUUAUUAUGUGCACCAUAGAUUCUCCGGUUCCAUUCCCCUCAAAACUACAAAUUCUUGUUGCAGAUAGUGUAUUUUUAAACCGAAAAAUUUGCAGAAGAUCAAGAGAGAAGGGCUUGCACACGAACCAGUAAAUUACGAACAUGCAAAUUUUGGUUAUGAUGUCAGGAUGAUUUCAUUUGUGGAGAGUGUCGAAAGGGGGCGAAGAUAUCUCUAACAAUACAGUGCUUUCGCACUGAAAAGCAAGGCUUGAGAAUGUGAAAACACAUUUCAGUAACUGAUUGAGGAGCAACCACAUUAGUUUAAUAAGCUAUAGCACAAUCUUUACUCCUUCAUCUUUGAUGUCAAAAAAAUCAUUUUGGAAAAACUCGAAAGAGAAUCGGCGUGGUUCUUACCAGGUAUUCAAACUUGAUACGAACAAAGCUUUAUGUUGUAAAUACGCACCAUGUGCUAGGAAUUGCAUGAAACAUUUACUAUAUAUCGAAGAAACGGGUUUAUGUCCUGGACAGGUGGAUCAAAAAUUGGGUCAGAUUUCGUUAGGGACAAAAUUCUUGGAGGAUCUAUGGGAAAUCUUGGAGGAAAUUUUACCACUUGAGGAGAUACCAAAAGAGAAAUUGCUAGAGCUGAUGAGUGAAAUAUUAGAGAAGCUUCAGAAAACACCUGUGCUGCCAUGUACACAGGUGCUUAUUGCCCUACAAGAAGAACAAUUCUUAGAGUCAAUAUACAAUAGUGACUUUGGCGAUGACAAACUCAUUGAUAAUGCAAAAAAGAAGUUCAAAGAGAGUAAGCGUAAGGCAGGAAUUUUGCUUUGUGUUACUGACAAAAUGAGUCAUGGUCUAAUUUUAAAAAGGGACGAGGAAGGUGAACAAGUGAAUUUGUAUGACUCCACAAUUGAUGAAGACAAAAUGGUGGAUUUUGGAAUUAUUCACAGCUUACAAGUUCUUGUCUUGGAGGAUGAGAAACCUCUCAUUGAUAAGAAACCUCUUAUUGCUAAACUAUGGUCCAAAUUGAAAAUGUGCUACUGUCUAAAAGACUAUCUUGAAGCUCACGCAAAUAAUGUUGGUAAAAAGCCUAAAGAGUCAGUAUCUCAAUUGAUGUUUCAGUCAUGAGAAUUCAUAGUAAAUUUGAAUUUUAUGCAGAGGGUUUUAUCAACAUUUUUAAUUAAUUUUUUAGUGUAUAUUCAGUAAUCGGCCACUUUAAACAUUAUAUUAAUUGGUAAAAUGCAAAAUUUUUGAGUAACAUAAUGAUUUUAUUUAAAAAAAACGACUGUUAAAAUGUAAAUUUAGUGAAAACCAAGUGGGUGUAGACCAUGUACCUUUGUUAUCACAUAGCUACGUUUAUGGUGUAUCUUUAUGAUAAGUUAAUAUGUCAGAACACAAUAAGAAGCAAUAGAAAGAAUUUCUCAAUGCUCGUAAUAACACUACUAAAGACAUUGUAUUAAAUGUAACCAUGGUAAAUUCGUAUAAUCACGAGUGAAAUGUAUAAAAUUAACUGGAACCAUAACUUGUAUAGUUUUGUCUUGUGGUUGGUUGAAGCCAAAAAUUCAGCUAAAUAUUAAUCAACUGUCCUCUGAAAUAA